AUGGCCAAUUUUCGUAAUUUUUUUUUAAUUCGUGAUAAGGAUUUGUUCGCCAGUGGGAUCAAAAGGUUCUAGGGCCGGAUACCAAGCAAUAAUAACCUCGUCAGAAGCACGGGUGCAUGGAAAAGUGUUUCUCAGGGGAUUUUAUGUUGUGAAAUCUGAGACGUUGACAAGGAAAAAUAGUGGAGACAAGGGUUUUCACAAACACUAAAAAUGGCACAGCAAAAUCAGUUACUCUUCAAUCUGAGUGUUCCCUACAACCCCAUAAACAUGGUUACCCAGUUCCACAAUCCAGGCCCAGUUGUCAUUGAGCGACUUGCUGGAGGAAAACAGACAAGACAAGAUGGCACCCGUGAAAAUCCAGAGGAACCAGUGCAGUUCAGUGUCGUCUCCAAAGAAAAGCUCUCUUUUGCAAUGCAGCUUGCUAGGCGGGACAUGAAGAACAAAAUACAUGAGCAAAAGCACCAGCACUACAGACAGCAACUUGAAGAGAGAGGGGAAUCAGCAAAACCACCAAAGAAAGCAUGCAAAAAGAAGGGUGUGAAUCAGAAAGCCAGCAAAUCAUUUAAAAAACCAAGUAGUCCAGAUUCCAAGAAGUCCAAUAUCAAUCUCCACAGGAGGUCGGUGAAGACACAGACACCUCCUUCAAAGAGGUCUCCUCUACUGUUUCUGCAGUCAUCUUCCCAGCCAGGUGAUGAAAGGGAAGUGAAAGGAACACAGGUUGUCAACAAAGCAGAUUCUUCGUCCAAAUCCACUUCAGCUUUAAGGAGUGUCAAGUUGCAGCAGAAUCAGGAGAUUUCAAGACUGAACAAGGAACUCAAGACAUGUGUGGAGAGAAUAAAUACUCUUUCCAAACAAGUUUCAGAACCUACAGCUGUGAAUAGCUCUCCAGAUAGGACAGCUACACUAAGAGCGGGAUUAGAGGCGCUAAUGAGAGCCGACCCAAAUCAAGCUAAAAGGUCAGAGGUCAUGAAUCCAAGGAGACAGAGAAAGCCAGUGGAAAGAAGACGAUUUCAAAGCAGUAGUGUUAUUCUUCCAAUGUCUAUGAAAUCAAGGCAUCAUACCAAAGAGAAACAUGCACCGACAGAGGGAUCCAUGCACUUCACUCGCCCUACCAAGUCCUCAAAAUCCAAGGGUAUAGCUGCAGGAGACGUGAUCAGAAAGGUGAUCACCAGGACUUCACCAAGGGGAGAAGUGAAAUCAGCAUGGGCACCACCAGGAUCCCCUCAGAGCUUUCAUAAGAUGGCCACCUCACGUGUGAGUAGUGAUGUUGCUGACUAUGAAGAGAUUGAGUCUUUGGUUGUUAGUCCAGGCAGAGGAAGGACUGGUCAUCUUGGAGGGAGAGGGUUACAGGAAAGAGAUGAACAUCAUAGACAUCGCAUGGGAGACACAGGGGAGAAAAUGACCAGAGCAAGACCAAAACAUGAGCAGAUUGAUAGAGGUGGAUCUUACGAAUGGAAAUCCAGCAGUGCACGCGUAGCCAGCGCAGAAAGAGCAAGAAUGAAGUCUCAAGGUCAACUGAAAAGCUCAGGGGACACGGAGAGUACUUCUCAUGGCAGGUAUGCAAAGAUUGAUUAUGAACCAAGGGAAGGUGAUAAGAGUCGGUUGGAUGAGUUCAGCAAAGAAACAGGAGGUCAUAAACAUACUGCCAGGAGGAAAGUCAUGUUUGAUCGACCGGUAGAAAGCGGUAGCUCCAUUGGAACAAUAGAUCAUGGUCACCCUGUCCAAAGUCAUGGAACAUCUAAGAACAGUCUUUACGCUCAUAGACAUGUACAUACAAGGAAGCAAAAUGAAGACGAUGGACACAGAUAUACCAGUUUGUACGACAGGAUUGAUAGUGAACAAGAGAUUGGUCAAUCUGAAAAGUAUGGUAGCAAAAGAAAUCUUCGGAUAUCGUCUGAUCCAACUUUAAAGAAUACGAAGGACAGGAUCACAGACCUCUUAGUAGAUGAGAUAUUAGAGGAUGCGGUGCAGGAGCUGGAGAGACUAGAUAACGAUACCAUGAUAACGAGACAGGCUCAGAUUAUGCAUGAUACCCCUACUUUUGAGAACCUCCUACAAGAACUGGAAUACAUGGAGAUGGAAGAAGAGAGAAUACGCCGACGAUGGAAGCAAGUGAAGUACGAUGACCCACAGGUCUCAAGGUCAGAAGGAUGUCAAGGGUCCAAGGUACAUGAGGUCUGGAUGAGGGGAACCCCACUUGAUGCUCAGCAAAUGGAAAGGCUGAGUGAUGUUCCUGGGCAACACACCGCUAUAUCCUUGACCAACACUGGACAGCCUGGCAACCAAGGUACCAGUAAGAUCUGCAUUCAUCCCGUCAGACUAGAUAACCCUGCUCAUGAUCAUGAUGAGAAGGACAUGAGUAGCAGAGCAGGACAAUCCAAUCAGCCUAUCCAUCUAGAACCUUCUCUACCACUUAGGAAUGGUCUCCUGAUUCCAGAUGACACUGCAAGGGACCAGCCAUUGGAAGCUGUAGGAGCCAGCGUGAGAGAAGGUGGUGGGAUACCAGUCUUUGUCCCUAGCGACAUGAUGAAGAGGGUACAGGAGAGUCGAGAGGAAUUUGAAACCCAUCUCAAGCGCACCUCCCAUUUCGCCUAUGGCACAUUCAAUCCUUGGAAGCUAGUUGAAAAGAUCUCAGAUGAACUGGUCGAUGACAUUAUUUCAGGUAUCACAGAUGAAGUGGGUGAUGUUAUUGGUAACUAUGUUGAAACUCUCUACUCAACAGAAUUUGAUGUGAAGACAGAUGAUGCAUCAUUGAAAGAAAAGGCACGCAAAGCUCUCUUCACGUAAAUUAACCUUUAGCCCUGUACCAGCUAUCUCAUCGUUAGAACCAACAAAUGGACUCUUGGUGCGACACAAACUCUAUAUUAUGAUAAUGGGGGGCAUUUAAACUGCAAGCAAAAACCUUGGGCUUUUCUCACAUUCUUGAGUUUCGUCAGAAGUUGCUAGGCAACUACCCAUAAAUCUGAUCCCCCAAAACCCACCUCUGGAGUUUGUUUUUUAAACUCCAGCUGAAACUCCUGUUUUUUCAAUGUAUAUAAAUGUUUGCUCUCAAAACACCAUUAAAUUAUUUAAGUUUUCGCUCACUUCCAUGCUACAGCAUGCAGAACAGCAACAAUUAGUACAUGAGUACUUCUCACCCCCAAAACCCUGAAUGUUUAGACUUACAAGCAAUUACUUGCGGGCUCAUACUGGUUUUUCUAAUAGUGUAAAUCAUUUUUUUGUUGCUGUGUAAAUGGGCCUGAUGAAGGUUGCAUUUACAAAAUACUUUGUAUUCUCCAGAAAGAGCUUCAUCCAGAGGCUCAAAUGCACUGAGUACUGGUAAAGGUUAUGUGGUCUAAUGGAUAAGUCCCAAAACUAUAGAUCAAAGGGUACAGGUAGAGGUGUCAUAGUCGAGUGGUUCAAGCACUUGAGUUGAAAUGCAGAGGUUGUGGAUUCAAUUCUCGAAACAGCACUAAUGUCCUUUAGAAAUGCAUUAAUCUACAUACAUUUGCCACUCCAUACCCAGGAGAGAAAUGGGGAUUGGUAAGAUGACGAAAGCCUUAAGUUUGUAAUAAUAGCCAAGUGCCGUAUUGUUUAUUCUAGAAAGAAAAGACCACACGACCGAGUCAUACAUUUUGAAAAAAAAUUACAUUUUAUUUAGAUUGUGUGUAGGAACAAAUGUGAAAGAUGUCUGGUAAUACAUCCAGUAACAUUACCGAUUCAGUCACUUUGAGGUCCCCAUACUUAUUCAUCUAUGUAAAGUGACUACAACUUUAAAAAGUUACUUACUUUGUGUCCGAUUUCAUUCAAAUUUUCACGAGUUAGCUCAUAUGAUUUUUCUGCUUUAUAGUCUUGGAGAUUAUAUUGCUUUUAAGAUUGGAUUUCCUUCUUUUUCUUCCUUUUUUUUGAAAAUGAAUCUGUGUGUUCAAUUUUAUGCAUGUGUGGGCAUACUUUCAGGUCUUACUUCAAAUUUACCAAACAAUAGUUUGUGUACAGCUAGAAUGUAUAAAAAUCAACCUAAAAAUCUUUAUCUGGUUUUCUAUGGGCUAACAAAUAAGGAAUAUGAAGAAAAUAAAGAAAAACAGCACACAGAACCCAAGUCACACUAUGAAUAUGACUGACAAAGAAAGCGGACAAAAUAUACAGUU